CGGCGGGAGAGUAGCACAUUUAUCCUCAAAUUUAUUAAUAGCGAGUCAUACUUGAUAGUAAUUGAGUGAUAAGUGUUUAUUUAUUUGCACAAAUAAGGCUUAAAAUUUGUGAAAUCAAACGUGUUUAUCAAUUAUUACUGUUGAGUCUGUAAACAGUUCGUGUUGUUGUACGUUAGUGUUGCUUUUAAAGCAAUCCCCAGGAAUCUGGUUUGUUUUUAGUUAACCGUUUUUAGCGCCCCGGCAACAAUGGCGAAGGUACAGGUGCUGAAUGUAGCAGUCCUAGAUAACCCGAGUCCAUUUGGAAAUCCUUUUCAGUUUGAAAUAACGUUUGAGUGUAUGGAGGACCUUCCCGAAGACCUUGAAUGGAAGAUCAUCUACGUUGGCUCAGCAGAGAGUGAAGAGUAUGACCAAAUCCUCGACUCAGUCUUGGUCGGUCCAGUACCUGCUGGGAGACAUAUGUUUGUGUUUCAGGUGUGUUUGGUUGAGACAAAAAACUUAAGCAUUGCCUUGUGUUGAUUUAGCUAUAUAAUAUAUACUAGGACCAGUAACAACAUGUUAUAUACCAGUACACCUUUUAAAUCGGUAAUUCUCUUGCAUUUAGAAUUUUGGACAGCU